GGUGCGGGUCGGACUCCGGCAGAAGGAACGCAUCAGUACCAAAACGAAUUUCACCCGCAAUCUCCGCCCUAACGGAACACGAGAAAACCUCACUACGUGUCGAGCAGCGGCUCAAAACGUGAACCCAUCAUUAUCGUUUUGCAUUCUACGGAUGCGGAUUACUGCAAAUGUAUCUCCGUUAACGGCCUCCUUUUUAGUUUAGCAGCGUCGAGAUUGGGCUGAAGCGGUAAAUGUCGCGUUUUUUCGCUACGGUUAAUUCAGCAGGAGUGUGUGAUUAUGUUGGCAACGCAUGGUCUCAUCCUGUGGGCUACGGUCACUGCGCGACUCGUCUUGACAGGCUUGGGCAAAAGCAUUAGUUGGGACCGAUUAGAGCAGGGACGUGAGCAGAAUACUUGUGCGGAGGAGCGCACGCAGCCUCAGCGUCUGUUGCAAGGGACUGACACGGAUGUAGAGCUGCCGCACCAGCACCUGCGUACACUUGCGAAGACUGAUGCUGAUGGAGCUCAUCCCAUUCAUCUGGCUCAGGUCUCUUUUCUGCUGAAGGCGUUUGGGAUGACUUUUGUUUUAGACCUGGAGCUCAAUCAUGAUCUCUUGGCUUCUACUUAUGUUGAACGGCACUUUGAUGUGGAUGGACGACCCUUUCAGAGUAUGGGAGGAGAGCACUGUUACUAUCAUGGCUGUGUAAGAGGAAUUCUGAGAUCAUGGGCAGCUCUUUCCACCUGCUAUGGCCUAGAAGGGAUGUUCUUCGAUGGAAAUUUUUCAUACAGCAUUGAACCCACACAGAGAAGCAGUAAUCAGGCUGACAACACUCAUGUUGUGUACAGAAUGUCAGAUGUCCGACUCCCUCCUCAGUUCUCAGGAAACACCAUGAUUUACAGUGACUCUUCAUUUAAUGAUGACUCUCCCAUUUCUAUCGAGACAAAGUUCACAGAUGGGCUGAGACGGGCAAAAAGACAGGUUCGGCGGGGUCUGCACACAGAUCAAAGUGAAACAAAGUAUGUAGAAUUACUAGUGGUCAAUGAUUACGAACUGUUUGUUCAGAUGAGAAGAUCUGCUCCUCAGACAAGGAACUUUGCCAAAGCUGUAGUAAACAUGGCUGACGCUAUCUAUAAGGAACAGCUUAACACCCGAAUAGUGCUCGUCGCUAUGGAGACAUGGUCAACUCAGAAUAUGGUUUCUGUUGGUGAUGACCCUCUGGUAACUCUACGUGAUUUCAUGAAAUACAGGAAGGAGAAUAUCAAAGAGAAAAUUGAUGUGGCUCACCUACUCUCGGGGCAUACAUUUCAAAGCAGUCACAGUGGAACUGCCUACAUUGAAGGGAUUUGCUCACUGACACGAGGAGGAGGAAUCAAUGAGUAUGGAAAUGUUGGGUCGAUGGCCAUCACGUUGUGCCAGAGUUUAGGACAGAACCUGGGAAUGAUGUGGAAUAAGGAGCAUGCCAUGGCAGGUGCCUGCAAGUGUUCAGAUCCAUGGCUGGGUUGCAUCAUGGAAGAUACAGGAUACUAUCUACCCAGAAAGUUUUCGCGAUGCAGUGUAGAAGAAUACAUUAAAUUCCUCAAGCAGGGAGCAGGGAGCUGCCUCUUCAAUAAACCCAACAAGUUGUUAGAUCCUCCAGAAUGUGGAAACGGCUUUGUGGAACAAGGAGAAGAAUGUGACUGUGGCUCUCAUGUGGAUUGCUUCCGUGCUGGGGGGGAAUGCUGUAAGAAAUGUACUCUUACCCAUGAUGCAAUGUGUAGCAAUGGACUCUGUUGUAGACAGUGCAAGCAUGAGCAGAGAGGAGUGAUCUGCAGAGAUGCAGUUAAUGGUUGUGAUUUACCAGAGACGUGCACUGGUGAUUCCAGUGAAUGUCCUUACAAUGUUCACAAGCUGGAUGGUUACAUAUGUGAUGCAGGACAGGGUCGCUGCUAUGGGGGCCGCUGUAAGACUCGGGAUGCCCAGUGUCAGGCACUCUGGGGUCACAGUGCCGCAGAUCGUAUGUGUUAUGAGAAGCUGAACGCUGAAGGCACAGAGCGGGGCAACUGUGGCCAGGACACCAGCAACCAAGGCUGGAUUCAGUGCAAUAAACAGGAUGUUUUGUGUGGGUUUUUACUGUGCACUAAUAUUACAGUGAAACCGCGAUAUGGAGACUUACACGGGGAAAUCACAAGUCUCACAAUCUACAAUCAGAACAAGUACCUGGACUGUCGAGGAGGUCAUGCAUUGUUAGAUGAUGGUACGGAUCUCGGGUAUGUGGAGGAUGGUACACCCUGUGGUCCGAAUAUGAUGUGCCUGGACCGUCGCUGUCUGCCUGUCGCCACCUUCAACCUGUCGUCCUGUCCUGGGUCUUCUUCCUCUCAAGUGUGCUCUGAUCACGGGACGUGCAGUAAUGAGCUGAAGUGUAUCUGUGACUUCGACUAUACGGGAAAGGACUGCAGUGUGUAUGACCCUCUUCCAGAGCCCCAACCUCCAGACGAACAAGAGGAAGACAAAGGUCCUAGUGGAACAAACAUCAUCAUUGGCGCUAUAGCAGGAGCAAUAUUGCUGGCAGCUAUGGUGCUAGGGGGAACAGGCUGGGGCUUCAAAAAUAUCAGAAGAGGAAGAUCGGGUGGAGGAUAAGUCAUGUCAACACUUUUGUGAUUUGGCACUGGGUUCUAUGAACUACAGAAAACUACAGUCUUCCAUUCUUUCAUAAAAGUCCAGUGUCAGACUUUCAUGUCCUUCCUACUUUCUCUGUUACUGCCUGUCACCUGUUGCCUAAAAACUCUUCUGUACAUCGUGUACAUUAAUAGCAGUUCAAACUGAUUUUCACUGUCACUGAGUAUGUUAUUGUACAUAUACUCAUACUCUAGUACAUAGUUAGUAUUAUAUGCAAAUAUUUAUAUAAAAAAUAUGUAAAAAAAAGUGACGGUGCACUUCACAAAUAUUGGCACCCUUGGUAAAUAUGAGCACUAAAUAAAUGUGAAUAAAUCUGUUUAUUUAAGAACAUGGUGAUUAACAAAAUACCAUGUUUGUGUUAAUUAUGAUAUAAUUUUGUAUCAUUUUCUUGGUUGAGACUCUAACUGCUGUCCAUUCAGUCACGCACUGUUACAAAAGUACAAAAAUAAAAAAAAAUUGUCACAUGAGGUCAUGUUGAACAAGUACAUUUUCCUAUUUAAUUAGUUAUAAUAAAAGGGGUUUUAAGGUACACUGAGCAGACCAGCGUCACAUUUAAUUGCUUUCUGUAGAGCAUUGUGUCCGUUUAGGGGUACUGCAACAUGGAGGAAUUCUAUGUAAGGGGAUGCGCGGUGAAUGUAGAUAGAAAUAGCAAAUGUUAAGGUAAUAAAACAUAAUUGUUCAUUAUGAAAAGUCUUUAUACACCUCUGAAGACAUAGUUAUGCAUUAACUAUUAAAUAAAUGUGUCUCUCAACAUAUACUCUAUAUUAUACACUGUUAAUACAUGUUGUUCACAUAGCCUUUUUUACCAAAUGUGUAAAUAUUAGUGGAGUGCACUGUAUAUAAUUAAAUAUAAUACAAUCAGAAUUGCACAUUAAAUGUUUGGUGGAUUCUUAAAAGCAUUUUUUACCUCUUAUUAAAGCAAUAGUUCACCAAAAAUGUACAAUUCUGUCAGAACAUGUCUUCCCCAAACAUAAAUAUUCAUGCAUGUCCCAUUGGAAUCCCCAAAAUAUUGUGUUUGUUUUCCAUUGCAUGUCUGCCUAGCUUUUACCCUGAAGAUUUAACAUUGUUAUCUUGCUGCUUCUACAAUCACCCUAAAUGAGUUAAUAACACAUGCAUAUUAAUAUGAAUGUAUUUUCAGUCAUAAAAAUGCAUUGAUUUGUUGUGAUCACUGUUUAAAAGCACAUAUGUGACCCUGGGGAGUGAAGUUUGUUGGCAUUUUUCCGGCCAUUUUUGUUCGUGAUUUUGCUGCAUCCACUCACAAAAAUAAAGCAUU